AAACAUCGAAGAAUACCAGCCCUCAACAGGAAAACAUGGCGUCAAGGUUACUGCUCCGCACCGCGUUCAGAGCCACAACGAGCUGCCGAGCUGCCCGGUGUCCGGCUCUGAGGCGCUGCAUGUCUGCUGGAGGCAUUCCCACUGAUGAGGAGCAGGCCACGGGACUGGAGAAGGCCAUCAUGAAGGCCAUGAAGGAGGGAACAGAUCCUUACAGCAUGAUGAAGCCAAAGAGCUACGCUGGCUCCAAGUCGGACCCCCACCUGGUUCCUUCCAUCACCAACAAGAGGGUUGUGGGCUGUAUCUGUGAGGAAGACAACACCGCCAUCAUCUGGUUCUGGCUUCAUGAGGGCGAGCCCCAGCGCUGCCCCUCCUGUGGUGCCCACUACAAACUGGUGCCUCAUGAGCUGCCCCACUAGCCUCCAGCCCUGUAACCUGUACAGAUGUGUGUGUUUACGCCUUCAGCACUCAUCUGUACCUUUUUUUGUUUAGCUUUUUUUGUUGCAAUAUUCAUUCCUCCUUCAGAACAAGAAGAGUGAGAUUAUCCACGCCCUGCAGGAUGUUUCCAGCUCGGCGUACUUCCUGGUCCGCUCGUCUUGUUCUGUUGUUCUACUUGAUCUACCUGCUGACCUCAUCAGUCUUUGCUUUACAUGUUACAUUUCCACACAGAUACACUGUGUUUGGAAGACUCAGGCAGUUUACUCUGGUUUGUGUGCUGUACGCUGUCAAAAUGGGUCCACUUUACUGCUGUUAUUCCACCAAUAAACAUUAACAACUCCUUUUCA